CUUUCAUCGACUAAGCUCCAAGGAUCAAUUGCACCAUCGUGUAGCAGGGACCUCAUUGAAGUUAGGAAAACCCCGUAUGAAUUAGCUCCAGAAUAGUUGAUAGCACUUUGGGAAGUUUCGAAACUUCUAUCUGUGAGGGAGCAAAAGCUUAAAUCUUCGCUUUGACCACCCGGCGUCAUAUUGUCCAACCAUAUACUAUAAAUCCACUUUAUGUGGUUACCUCAACACAAACCUGAACUAAACGCCCUUCUAAUUUCUUACAGUUUUACAUUCCAAAAAAGAAACAAAGAAUGGCUCCAAGUUUGACUACUAUGGGUAUUUUCAUUGCCCUAGUAACCAUGCUGUGGACAGGAGCCAGGGCUCAAUCAAGUUGCACCACCGUGCUCCUCAGCAUGGCGCCGUGCCUGAACUAUGUCACCGGAGCUUCCUCAAGCCCGUCUCCUUCAUGCUGCUCGCAACUAGCUAACGUGGUUCAGUCGCAACCGCAGUGCCUGUGCACUGCACUCAGUGGUGGUGGUUCAUCACUUGGUAUAAGUAUUAACCAAACUCUGGCUCUUGAGUUGCCUAAGGCAUGCAAUGUGCAAACUCCACCAGUUAGUGAAUGCAAUGCUGCCAAUGGACCUCCAACAUCGCCAGUCGGUUCACCGGAAGGUACGCCGGAAGAAUCUGCAAAUGUAGCUCCUGCUUCUCCAAGCAGUUCCUCAGUUUCAGCUCCACCAACUAGUUCCUCAGUUUCAGGAUCUAAAGCAACUCCAUCGAAUGCCACAAGCUCGGAUGGAAGUACCGUAGAGAUGCCUCUUAUGUUCAUCGCCGUCCUCUUGUUCAUGGCUUCAUAUGCUUUAAUCUCAAGCAGCUUCUGAGUCUUCUUUCGGAGCUCUGGAGCUUCAAUCAAAUAUCUAUAUAUACAAGUCAAUGUUCAGUGUUGUGUGUAAUGUAAUGUACUAAUGUGUGUUUAAUAGAGUGUUUCUUUACGUUCUUAUUAUAUACACUGUUAGAGAUAAAGGGCUAGUAGGCAGAUCCAGCUCUUUUUGUGAAGUUUUGCAGUGCCGGGUGGGCACAGUUCACGUGGUGCCGAGCAUGAUCUCGGCCGUCCAAACGUGUUUUGGACGGCCCGGAUCUGUUUGGGUAAUUUUUUAGUGUAAAACUACCAAAACGCCUCCUCAAGCCCAAACACCUCUUUCUCUCCUUCUCUUCUUCCAAUCAGUCCUCUCUUUCAGAAAUAUAAAACUUCU